AUGACGGGAUCUAUCCUGGGCGUAUCUCAGACUGUGAGGAGGAGGAGGAGGAGUCGGCGGCUUAUACGAUGUACCAUAAGCAGAGCAGAGCAGAAGCGAAGAGUGAGACAAGGCAAGGCGUGGGAGGACAAGAGAUGUGGAGUGGGAGAGGUACCCACCCACCUGCAGGCGCCGUCGUUGGCUGUUGCGCUGCCCGCUGCGGCCGCGAACAAGCUGGAGCUGCAGCUGCAGCUACAGGCGCAAAGUGCAGGCGCGAAGGCCGUUGCUGUGGUGACCAUGUCAACAAAGCCCAUGACGCCUUGGUAA